AUGGCUCCUCGCUUUUGGACUGCGCUUUGGGCGCUGGCUCUUGGUCAUGCUGCGUUCGCUGCGCCGCAGAUCCCCUUGGCGCCGCGCGCAACGGGGAGUUUGGAUACUUGGCUAGCAUCGGAGACUACAGUUGCUAGGCAGGGGAUCCUGAACAAUAUUGGCUCGGCGGGCGCAUAUUCUGCGAGCGCGAAGCCGGGUAUUCUGAUCGCAAGUCCGAGUACUUCGAGUCCUGAUUAUUACUAUACCUGGACUCGCGACUCGGCUCUGGUUUUCAAAGCCUUGGUGGACAUGUUCAGGAAUGGCGACACUGAGCUCCUCACUGUGAUUGAAGAGUACAUCAGCUCGCAGGCCUACAUUCAAACUGUGUCGAACCCGUCCGGGAGCCUUUCUGGUGGUGGUGGACUGGGAGAACCCAAGUUCAAUGUUGACGAGACAGCAUUCACUGGGUCUUGGGGUCGCCCCCAGCGGGAUGGACCGGCGCUCCGUGCUACCGCGCUGAUCUCAUUUGGACAGUGGCUUAUUGACAACGGAUAUACUACCUAUGCGACCAAUAUUGUCUGGCCAGUCGUGCGCAACGACUUGUCCUAUGUUGCUCAAUACUGGAACCAGACUGGAUUCGAUCUUUGGGAAGAAGUCUCUGGGUCUUCCUUCUUCACCGUCGCCGCCCAGCACCGUGCCCUGGUCGAGGGCAGCACUUUCGCAAGCCGAGUCGGUGCCUCAUGUUCGUAUUGUGACUCUCAAGCACCCCAAGUGCUAUGCUUCUUACAGUCCUUCUGGACUGGUUCGUACACAUUGGCCAACUUCGGAGGCGGUCGCUCUGGAAAGGAUGCCAACACUCUUCUCGGAAGUAUUCACACCUUCGACCCCGAAGCCGGUUGUGAUGACACGACCUUCCAGCCUUGCUCUGCCCGAGCCCUGGCAAACCACAAAGUUGUGACUGACUCCUUCCGCUCGGUGUACACGAUCAAUUCGGGUAUUGCUGCAGGCAAGGCCGUGUCCGUCGGGCGGUACUCGGAAGACUCUUACUACAACGGCAAUCCCUGGUACUUGUGUACCCUGGCUGCUGCCGAGCAACUGUAUGAUGCAAUUUACACAUGGAACAAGAUUGGCUCUCUCACCAUCACAUCUGUGUCGUUGAACUUUUUCAAGGAUCUAUACAGCUCUGCUGCAACUGGCACAUAUUCGUCGUCCAGCAGCACCUACGCCUCGAUUGUUAGUGCUGUGAAGACUUAUGCCGAUGGCUAUGUUAGCAUUGUGGAAACCUACGCCAUGAACAAUGGCUCUCUGUCUGAACAAUUCUCCAAAUCAGACGGCUCCCAACUCUCAGCCCGCGACCUGACCUGGUCGUAUGCAGCCCUCCUCACAGCCAAUGAGCGCCGUAACGCAAUUGUCCCAGCACCUUGGGGCGAGACAUCUGCCAGCAGCGUCCCUGCUCAGUGCAGUGCCACUUCCGCCAUCGGCACAUUCAGCAGUGCCACUAACACUGCUUGGCCAUCAACUCUCACCAGUGGAAGUGGUAGCGGAACAACCACAACUGGUACUGCAACCACCACCAAAGCGACCACCACAACCUCUACCAAGACUACCUCCACGACUACUUCAUGUGUGACACCUACUUCCGUCGCAGUGACAUUCGAUGUGAUUGCAACGACUGUCUAUGGCGAGAACAUCAAGCUGGUCGGCUCCGUCUCACAGCUUGGUUCAUGGGAUACUGGCAGUUCUGUUGCUCUCAGCGCAUCCUCGUACACCUCUAGUAAUCAUCUUUGGUUUGUGACGGUGACGCUCCCUGCUGGAACUACUUUCACUUAUAAGUAUAUCCGUGUCGCGAGUGAUGGCACGAUCACAUGGGAAAGUGAUCCCAAUCUCUCGUACACUGUUCCGAAGACCUGCGGUACAUCUGCCGUUACUAUCAGCGAUACCUGGAGGUGA